UUUUAAAAUUAGUAUGAAAUUAUAUCCACAGAUGGAAGCACUAUUACGUAUUAAAGUAAAAUAUGACGAAACUAUCAAAUAUAUAGUUAGAAAUUGUCUAAAAGCAUUUUUUUUUCCCAAUACGCACAUUCUUAAUAAAUAUACAGAACAAAAGGUAUUUGUUUUAAAUACGAGAUAGUUCAAUGGAAAAUUAUUUCGUUAUAAUGUUAUUGAAAAUAAAGCAAUAGCUGAAUGUUUCUUAUGAUUAAGAAAAGAUACAGUGAUCAUGGAACAAGAGGAACAUAUCUGUAAAUAUAUAAAUUUUUGAACUAAAAAAACGAAUAAUUACAUCAAGAAGGAUGACUAAUAAAAAGGGAAAUAUUUCUGAAAAAUCACGGGAAGAAAUAAAAGCAGAACGUGAAGCAAAGAAAGCAGCUAAAGCACAUGCUAAAGCAAAAGCCAAAUCCAGUAAAACAUUAGAUAAAGAUAUCUCAAAUGAUAAAUCUGCUUCUCUGAAUAAUAUUAAAAAUAAAACUAGCACUGAGACAUCAAAAACUAUAACCAAUGAAAAUAUUGAAUCUGCUAAUGAAAUAUUAGUAGUCACUGAAACUACAAAUAUAUGUGAAAAAAGUUCAAUUUCAGAAACAAGUAAUGAUGGAAAGAGCAAAGCAGAAUUACGUGCUGAAAGGAGAGCAAAGCAAGAAGCACAAAGAGCAGCCAAGCAACAAAUUUUAUUAGAAAAAAAUAAAGUUAAGAAUAAAGAACAGACUAAUAAUGAACCCACAAUAACAGAAAUAAAAUUUAAAAAAGUAGUAAUGCCUAUAAAAACAAUUCAAAAAUGCAAUAAACAUGAAAUAAAUCUUUUCAAACACCUAUAUCAUGAAAGAGAACAGGCUAUUGUAAAUGUUCCUUUUGUCAAUUCAAAUAUACAUCCAGCAAUAAUUAGAUUAGGUACACAAUAUGCAAACAAAAUAAUCGUUGGUAGCAAUGCAAGAUGUGUUGCACUUUUAGCUGCUGUUAAACAACUUAUUCAUGAUUUUGAAAGACCACCACAAGCUGACUUUAUUAGAAGUCUUGAAGCAAAUUUACAAGAAUCUAUAGCUUACUUACAUUAUUGUAGGCCAUUAGCUGUGUCAAUGCAAAAUGCAAUGAGACAUUUGAAAUGGCAAAUGACACAAUUUCCUUCUUCAUUGUCUGAUGUAAAUGCAAAAAACAAAUUAAGUACUGCAAUAGAUACUUAUAUUCGAGAACAAAUAGAACUAGCUGACAAGGCAAUAUCAAUAACUAUUCAAACUAAAAUAUCUAAUGGAGAUAUUAUUUUAACUUAUGCCUAUUCAUCUUUAAUACAUAAAAUAUUGUUAGAUGCACAUACUGCAGGUAAACAAUUUCGUGUUAUUGUUGUGGAUGGAAGACCAUGGCUAGAAGGAAAGGAGCAACUUAGACGUUUGUCAAGACAUGGGAUUGAAUGUUCUUAUAUUUUAAUUAAUGCUUUGAGUUAUGUAAUGCCUGAAGUAAGCAAAGUAUUCCUUGGUGCCCAUGCAAUUUUAGCAAAUGGUGCAGUAAUGUCAAGAGUUGGAACUGCUCAAGUUGCCUUGAUGGCAAGAGCUUUUAAUAUUCCAGUCUUAGUAGCUUGUGAGACUCACAAAUCUUGCGAACGUGUACAAACAGAUUCUAUUGUCUAUAAUGAAUUAGGAAAUGCAGAUGAACUUGCACAAGAUUACAAAAACGGUGUGGAAAAAUCAUUAUUAACAAACUGGAAAACAAAAAAAUCACUAAAUCUUUUAAAUAUCAUGUACGAUGUUACUCCAGCCGAUUUAGUAACGGCAGUUGUUACAGAAUUAGCGAUUUUACCAUGCACCAGUGUUCCUGUAAUUUUACGUAUUAAACCAUCAGAGAUCUAAAUUUCAUUAAAAAUUAUUUUUGUUGUUUUAAUAUUUGAUAUAGCAUUCAAAAAACAGUAUAAAACAUCAAUCAUUGUGUUCUUUAUUUCCAUAUGCAAAUUAAUUUUAAAUAAAAUU